AUGUCAAGUAGUAAAGAAGGGUCAGCCACUCUGACUGUAUGUAAGAAUAUAUUUGCUCAUUGAGAAGUACUAAUAAUUAUUCAGGGUUUACUCAAAAUCAAUUUUGAUUUCCAUCCCACUGGUAAGUAAUAAAACAAUUUGGUUGCAAGUUGGUAUACUAACAUAAUUAAUAGCAUUGAAAAAGAAAAUAAUGCAAAAAAUACCUAGGUCAUUACCUUACUACGACAAUUUACACGUUUCAAGUGAAAAUCAAGAUUCUAUAAUUGAAGAAUUGAUGAAAUUGCAUCCACACAAUUCAAGUAUAAUAAUUGCAAAUUUUACGAACAAUAAAAUAAAUUCAUACCUGCAACAGUUAAAUAAUAUAUUAAGACCAUUAUUAUUUGAAAUUAUAGAUGAUGAAUCUCGUAUCCAUUUAGAAAAUAUACUUAAUGAAUUAAUUCAAAAUAUUCCGAAACCGCAAGAACAUAAUUUUGAUGAACCUCAAGCACUUGAUGAAACAAAUUUAAAAUUUGAUAACUUACCAAAGACUAAACCAGAUGAGACUAGUAAAUUUCCAGAUAAUUAUUUAAUAAAAAUCCUAAUUGAUAAUUUUGAUUUAUUGAAACAUUUUUCAUUAACUUAUUUUAAUUUAACCUUGACUUCAAAUGUGACUAAAUUUAUAGUUGAAUUAAUUUAUCAAUUAAAUUAUUGGGAAGUUGUCCAUUUAGUUUAUGUAAAUUCUAAAAUUGUUAGUUUUUUAGAAUUAAUUGGAUUUGAUAUCAUACCUACACCAUGUGGACCAAUUGUUAAACAACCAGAGAAUUAUUUAAAUGAUAAUAUGCAACAAGGUUUAUUAUACCCAUAUCCAUAUCCAUUCUAUAACUAUUCAUACCAUUCAUUUGAUUCGAAAGUUGAAGCUAGAAAAUUUGGUAAAGUUAAAAUUCAACCUUAUUUAGAUAUAACUUUAAAAACUGAGGAACCUAUUAAAAAGAAGAGAAGAAGAAAUGUCAAAAAACAGGAAUCUGUUGAAGUUGAAGAAGCUCUGCCUGCUUUUGAACCAGAUUUAGUACCACAACCAGAACCAGAACCAGAGCCAAAACUAGAACCUAUAAUUGUUGAUGAAAGAGAAAGGAGUGGAACUGUAAGCGAUCUCGACAUUACUUCAGAAGAAGAAGACCAAGAAGAAGAGGAUGAUGAUAAAGAUGGGAAACCAAUUGAUAUAUUAACUUUACAACUACAAGCCGAAAACUUAGGAAGAAGAGGAAGAGGAGAAGGACCACAAAAUAAUAUUACACGAAUGCAAGAAACUCAAAGACAGAUAGAAUUGUUAAAAUUACAUAAAGCUAGUCAACCACCUCCUCCUCAUAUGCCACAACAAUAUCCAAUUCCACCUGCUGGUUAUAUUUAUCCACCACCUCAAUUUGUAUCAUCAUCAUCUUCUCCACCACAGCUUCCUCUGCAACAAUUACAUCAAGGAAUUCCACCAAAUUAUUAUCCACCUUAUUUUAGACCGUAUCCAGGACCUCCCGGACCUGCAGAACAAUUUCAUCAAGGUCCAUCUCCACCAACGGAAUUAAAUUCUCAAUUAUCACCACCACACCAUCAGCAACAAUUACAACAAUCAGAUAGAAUGCCCAAUAUAACACCUAUUCAAAAUUUCCAAUCUCAACAGAAUGUACUUCCAUCAUUUAAUGCUUUAACAGAAUGUAAAACUAGUACACAAUCUCCACAAGAAAAUCAAUUACCAAAUGAAACUCCAAUGAGACCUCAAAGUCAACCAUAUAUAAAUGCUCCACCACCUUAUAUUGAUCCAAUAACUCAAACGAUCACCUAUCCAGUACCACCAAUGGAUGAGAAUUCAAUAAAAGUGGCAAAUAAACAAGCAGCAACUCAUCGAUGUAAUUUAAAAGAUUCAAGUACUAACCAACCAUGUAAUAAAGUAUUUUAUGGAAAGAAUGAAUUAUUAAGACAUCAAGAAUUUGUGCAUGCUUCAAAAAAGAAGAUUUAUAAAUGUAUUUAUUGUCAAAGAGAAGGAUCAAAAGUUCAAAGUUAUCCAAGACAUGAUUCAUUAGCUAGACAUAUUAGAAGAAAACAUAAUAUAACAGGUAAGGAAAACAAAGAAGCUGUAAAUUAUGCAAAAGAUAAUGUUGAAGUAAUUGAAGAUAUAGAAUUAUCAAUUCAACAAAUAAAUACAAAAGAUCAUCAACAAAAGAAACGUUUAAAAUCAAUGCAAGAUCAAUUUAAAAUAGAUGAAAAACAAGAAGGUCAAGAAGGUCAAGAAGGUCAAGAUGUACAAACAUCUAUGUUUGAAAUGGGAUCUGAGAAUGGUGAAAAUACUGAUAAUGAGGAUAAUUCUAAAGAUAAAAAAGAUGAUCGACCAGUUUAUCCAGUUCUAGGUAGUUUUGAUCAUAGAAAUAGUUAUAGUUUUGAUAAUUAUGAUCUGGUUAAUGAAAAUGAUGAACAAUGA